AACUUCCGGUUCGGUCUUCUUUGGCGUCGUAGGGUUCUUGUGCGGCGGAGGAGCGAAAGGUUCCGGAGCAGGGUUGUGUUCGAGACGUUCACCUUCCCGUUUGCACCGGACCGAAGUGAUCAAAGCCUAACAGGGGACUCUGGAGCCAAUCACGUUAGCUCAACUAUCUGGGAACCUUUUGUUGCUCCGUAGAAGACGUUCCAGGACUUGUGGCUUUGCUUCGGGAAACGGACUCUCAGAGACUGACAGCUGCCGGAAGUGAGGCUGCGGGGGAAUGGCAGCCGCGGCGACCAUGGCGGCUGCUGCCCGGGAGCUGGUGUUGCGGGCCGGCGCUUCAGAUAUGGAGGAGGAGGAGGGCCCGCUGGGGGCUGGUUCUGGACUCCAAGAGCCCCUACAACUCGGGGAGUUGGAUAUCACCUCUGAUGAAUUCAUCUUGGAUGAAGUGGAUGUUCACAUCCAGGCAAAUCUGGAAGACGAGUUAGUGAAGGAAGCUCUCAAAACGGGUGUGGAUCUUCGACACUAUUCAAAGCAGGUGGAGCUCGAGCUGCAGCAGAUUGAGCAGAAGUCAAUCCGGGACUACAUCCAAGAGAGUGAAAACAUAGCCUCUCUGCACAAUCAGAUCACAGCCUGUGACGCCGUCCUGGAGCGCAUGGAGCAGAUGCUGGGAGCUUUUCAGAGCGACCUCAGCUCCAUCAGCUGUGAGAUCCGCACCCUGCAGGAGCAGUGGGGGCCAUGAACAUCCGACCGUAACGGCAGGCAGUUCCCAGGGAAACUUGGGGAACUCAAUCGAUGGGCUAGUGGUGCCUCUGCUCUGGUCACAGCAAUUCUCGAAGCUCCAGUGACAGAGCCCAGGUUCCUGGAGCAGCUCCAGGAGCUGGACGCCAAGGCGGCUGCGGUCAGAGAGCAGGAGGCAAGAGGCACGGCCGCCUGUGCAGACGUCAGAGGCGUGCUCGACCGGCUCCGGGUCAAGGCGGUGACAAAGAUCCGUGAGUUCAUUCUCCAGAAGAUUUACUCGUUCCGAAAGCCGAUGACCAACUAUCAGAUCCCCCAGACGGCCCUGCUGAAGUACAGGUUUUUCUAUCAGUUCCUGCUGGGCAAUGAGCGUGCUACAGCCAAGGAGGUCAGGGAUGAGUACGUAGAGACACUGAGCAAGAUCUACCUGUCAUACUACCGCUCGUACGUGGGGCGGCUCAUGAAAGUGCAGUACGAGGAAGUUGCUGAGAAAGACGAUCUAAUGGGUGUAGAAGACACAGCAAAGAAAGGAUUCUUCUCGAAGCCUUCCCUCCGAAGCAGGAACACCAUCUUUACCCUGGGCACCCGUGGUGCUGUCAUCUCACCGGCUGAGCUCGAGGCCCCCAUCCUGGUGCCCCAUACUGCCCAGCGUGGAGAGCAGAGGUAUCCGUUUGAAGCGCUCUUCCGCAGCCAGCACUAUGCCCUCCUUGACAAUUCUUGCCGUGAAUAUCUCUUCAUCUGUGAAUUUUUUGUCGUCUCUGGCCCGGCUGCCCAUGACCUGUUCCACGCCGUCAUGGGCCGCACGCUGUCCAUGACGCUGAAACACCUGGAGUCCUACCUGGCCGACUGCUACGACGCCAUUGCUGUUUUUCUCUGUAUCCACAUUGUUCUCCGGUUCCGCAACAUAGCAGCAAAGAGGGACGUCCCUGCCCUGGACAGGUACUGGGAGCAGGUGCUGGCCCUGCUGUGGCCUCGGUUUGAGCUCAUCCUGGAGAUGAAUGUACAGAGCGUCCGCAGCACUGACCCCCAGCGCCUCGGGGGGCUGGACACCCGGCCCCACUAUAUCACACGCCGCUAUGCCGAGUUCUCUUCCGCACUUGUCAGCAUCAACCAGACCAUCCCCAAUGAGCGCACGCUGCAGCUGCUGGGACAGCUACAGGUGGAGGUGGAGAACUUUGUCCUCCGCGUGGCUGCGGAGUUCUCCUCCAGGAAGGAGCAGCUCGUGUUUCUGAUCAACAACUAUGACAUGAUGCUGGGUGUGCUGAUGGAGCGGGCUGCUGACGACAGCAAAGAGGUGGAGAGUUUCCAGCAGCUGCUCAAUGCUCGGACACAGGAGUUCAUUGAAGAGUUGCUGUCACCCCCUUUGAGGUCCGGUGGCUUUGAAGGAGGCCUUGAUUGGCGUGGGCAGGCGGAGUCCCUGAGGGGAGGAAGGAGUUUUACCAACUUUCGAAAUGGAACCAGCAUCAUCCAGGGGGCGCUCACACAGCUGAUCCAGCUCUACCAUCGCUUCCACCGCGUGCUGUCCCAGCCUCAGCUCCGCGCCCUUCCUGCCAGGGCCGAACUCAUCAACAUCCAUCACCUCAUGGUGGAGCUGAAGAAACACAAGCCGAACUUUUGAUUCAGACCCCGGGGCCCGAAGCUCCCAUGGGCUCUGCAGUCACACAGUGUCUGUCACCUGGGACCCCUUUCCCGUUCCUGAUGUCUCUAAGGCUUCCACACACCUCACUCAGCCUCCAUUGCCAGGACUUGGCCUCAACAGAGUGUGCCCUCGGCCACUCCCUGGGCUUCUGAGGUGACCUUCAUAGCCCAGCCCGGCCAGCUCCUCCGCUGUUCACUCACAGCCUGUGAGCUCCCACCACCCCAGUCCCUGACUGACGCUGGGCUCUCACGGCAGAGCGGUGCAGGCCACACUGCAGCUGAUCUUCGGGCUCCACUGGGACAGUGGCAUCAGCUCCCGGCGGGCGCACUCUGCCUGUGGCAAUACAAGUACUUACUGUGCUGGGA